AUGGAUGCCGCAGCCGCACGACCUGCCCGUCACAUCCAUCAGCUUGUGGCCGUCCGUCCACCUCCACCUCCGCCACUGCCGUUGUCUACACAGGCCUCGGCAGGCUCAGCAUUUCAUGCGAAGCCGCCGUCACCACCGCCACCACCGAAGCCACCUCACCCCGAAACAAGAUUUGAAGCCACUGCACUCUCGGUCUCAGCCAGCGAGGCUGGUGAUCCAGGCCCGUCACUGCCAUCUCCAGAACAACUUUUGGACCUGAUUGGAAAAGAUGGGAUCCCUGCGGGCCUCAACAAGCACUGGCAAGCCGUGUGUCUACUUCACGAGCAAGAAGCUUUCAGUCUAGCGCAGGUCGCUUGGAUAUUCGACCAAUGCCGGCGCGCACGGUCACUAAAGCAGAGGGGCAAACGGAUUGAUCACGAGGCCGAGCUUCCUCUUGGCGCUCGCGUUGUGAAUCUCUUUACCCAUUUUGUUUGUGCCCGAAUUCCAGAGCUCACACCUGAACACACGACUUGCUUCGUGGAAGCUCUCACGACAACAUUGCCAAUGGAUGAGUUCUGGCUGUUCAUGAUGGCCAAACAAAUCCAGGACACGACGGACAGGUUCAGCCCCCCACAGAUAUCAACCAUAUCACGGUGCUAUGCAGACAACCAGCUGGAGGACGAUGAGUUCUUCACAGCGCUUUCUGAAAGAGUGACUCGAGGCUUAGAGCAGUUUCCCCUUUCUGAGCUUGCCGUCUUCCUGCUUGCCUGUGCAAAGAUCCGUUUCCUCGAUGAGGCACUUUGUCGGAAGGCCUUCCCACUCUUUGAGGAAGCGGCACGCGUGUCGCAUCUGGAUGGAGCAUCGCUAAGUGCUGCGGUCACAGCUGCAGCAUUGCUUGACUGGAGACGUUUUCAGGCCCUGCACUGUUGCCGCGUCCUUGCGGAGAAUCCCAGAGAACUGCAAAGGUCAGUCCGAAGUGGUGAUUUAGGCAUGGGCCUCGCGCUUGCAGCCGUUUACAUGCGGAACACGACUGGAGCCAGGCUGCUCCUUCCUGUUCUCCUCGAGAAGUUCAGCGAGGCAAGCAACUCGCUGCGAAGAUCUGAGGUUGCAAUGAUACAGCGCCGGUUCAUCAUCAUUGGGCUAUGUGCCGCAUUCGGCCUGCCAAGGAGGAGCUCUUGGAUCCUCCCGCACUUGCGCUUGCUGCAGGGCACCAUCCAGAAGCUUCAGCUACAUCUUGAUCGAGUCGGCCGCAGAGAUCAAUAUGAGCCAUCGCCAAGCAGUUUCCAUCUGGAGGUCGUGGCGGUGCUGAGGCUUCUAAAUGUGGAGCAUCAUCUGGAGUAUCCCCAACUUCCAUUUUCGUUGGAUAUCGCCAUUCUUCCGGACCAGAUGCGACGUGCGAUGUUGUAG